AUGGGGACACGGCAUGGCAGCCUUGAAGAAAACAUUGCAACCGCGCGCGCAUUGAAGCCGCUCGCAGGCAGUCAGACUUUAGUCCCCGACCCGGACUGCAACUGGCCAAUACGGGCUGCCUUGCUGAGGCUAAUCCCUGUUCUGUGUUUCAGACAACCCCAUCCCCGUGCGGGCGACCAGGGGGGCACUGGGUCAGCCAUGGCAGAGGAGGGGGCCCCUGUAAUGGUGGUGUCGACCCACUUGGUUCUGCUGACAGUGCAUGCCAUUUUGGUCACCUGUUCUACUAGCCAUCUUAGGAAGAGAAUGGACUGGCCUGGAUGCUCAAAAGAGUGUUGGAAUGAGGUCAUCUCGUUCGGAUUCAUCCUCCAGGGGAGCUGGGGGGUCAAAGCUACAAGGAAUAAUGGUCUGGACUCAUCACUCUCGUACUUCCGGAGAGGGAUAUUUAUGCUGGAUCAUUUUGCUCUUGACGUAACUGUUUACAAACUUCCCUCUUCGAUACUGCCAAUCCCCAAUCCAGCUGAGAUACCCCUCGCUCACCCAUCACAUCGGUUCAGGUCACCCUCUAACCAUGGUGUGUCGAAACCGGGGCACAUUAGCUGA